UUCAUCCUGCACCAGCCUCUUCUCAGCUCCUCGCCGGCCGCCGCCGGUCGAUCGGUUUCGUCCUGCAGUUGGGGCGUGCGUGGAGUUGCUGCUCUCUUCUCCGGUUCUCCGCUACAAGACCAAUCAUCCUGUGACUAGCAAAACUUGGCCAUUCUUUUGGUCACUGGUCAGUUCCUUGGACGAACAUGGCAGAGGCGAGCACCCAAAGGCGAAAGCGAAAGCUGGAACCGCGGUCCGGUGUGUGGGAGCACUUUAACCGUUUCACAGAUGACCAUGGGAACGACAAAGCGGAGUGCAAAAGUUGCCGUCUGGUGCUCAGCGCAAACUCUAAAAACGGCACGAGCAGCCUGCAGUCGCACGUCAGGAUAUGCAAAUGCAAAGGACAGGAAGCUGCCGCCGUAGGGGGACGACCGCCGCGGCCAUCUGCUCCGUCGCACUCAGAUCCAUCAUCUCACCGCGAUGCUGCUGGACUGGAAGAAGAAGAAGAAGCCAGUAAAUAUCUCGCUCGCAUGAUCGCAUUGCACGGAUACGACUCGUCGGUCGUCGAGGACGACUACUUCAGGAGCUUCGUGCGCCGCCUCAACCCUGAAUUCAGGGUGCCCUCGCGCUCUGCCAUCGAGGAGAUUUGCGACGGUAUCUUUGAUAAAGCAAGGACGGAUCUGUUCUACAGGCUAAGGUGCUCCCAUGGGCGGGUCAGUUUAGCAGUGGGUAGAACUGAAACCAUGGAGGGGCAAGUUCUAUAUACAGCAUGCCACUUCAUUGAUGAUGAAUGGAAUCUUCACAAGGUUGCCAUGGAUGCUUAUGUGGAUGUACAAUGGAGUGGCUUCUAUGGCCCAUUCUCUGGAAUGCCUGAGCUUUGUCUUAAUUCUGAUCAGUUUCUAUAUUUUACAUCCAUUGAUCAUGUGCUUGAUGGUAUCUCAGGGCGUGGUAUUUUGGAUAGGCUGUUCAUGAUGGCACGGGGUAAAAUGGACGGCAUUAUUCACCCCCAACUGAUGGAUUACAUAGAGGAAAAAAUUCCUAACGCCUAUCCAAGGAGGAGAGAACUAAUUAGUACCACCUACAUGGACGAGGUGCUUCACUCCAUUGCUCGACGCCUUACUCUACGUCCAGAUUUCGAUCUAGAAAUGUGUUUAGAGUCAGGCGUGCAGGAUUUACAUGUGACUAGACAAAAACGCCAGCAGCUUCUUUCACAACUUGGUCUAGAUUACCUAUGGAUAUACGGUGAGCAUUGGUAUGCGUGCUAUUGUUCUUUGGAAGUUCUUCGCAAGGAAGGUUCGUCUGCAAUUGCAGGCAUAGACUCUGAAUUCGUAGGACUGUUGUGCAACAUUUGGGGGAAGAUAUAUCGUGCCAUUAAAAGAAUUUCAGCCUCCAUCUGUCCCACGUCAAAUCUCUGUCUUGCAGAGUUGUUUAAUGUGAGGGAAGUCUUGCAAUCUGGACUAGAACGGACUGCUCGGGACAAUGCAAACGUUUUCAUCAAUGGACGGUGUCUUAGCUUUAUAGGUGGCAAAGAUGUUGCAGAUGUUCUUAAAGAUGCAAUGGACACUUUAGACAGGAGCUUGAAAGAUUCAUACCUCGUAUGGUCUAUACCGCUUGUACUGGAUCCCCGGUACAAACUCGGAUACAUAGAAUUCGCCUUGAGAAGAGCAUUUGGUCCUAAUGAGGCAGCACGCUACAUCUCCGAGGUAACAGGACAGAUCAAGAAGCUGUAUGCUGAUUACAUUGAAUAUGAUGGUGGAAUCAAUGGUGCAGAUUCAAGUCUUGUCUUCGCGGCGGAGGCCGUUGACAGCGCUGCUCCAUUAGAACAAGCAUGGGACGAGCAUUUCCGUUCACAGGAUGGCGUGGCUGAAGUUACUAGUUGCCUGGAUGCCAAGACGGAACUUGAUCGUUACCUGGAUGAUCGUCUCGUGCCUCCGACGACAGAGGGUUUUGACAUUCUCGGCUGGUGGAAGGUUUACAGCUCGACGUACCCGGCGGUGGCUCGCAUGGCGAUGGACUCUCUCGCCAUGCCCACAUGCAGUAAGCUUUCUUCUAAACAAAUCGCCCACGUCAGGAGCAUUUUUCGCGGUUAUUCCAAGGAAGAGUACAGACACUCUAUGCCAAAAUGUAACUAGUUCAUGAAAAGGGCGAGAACGUCUUGACAACAUUCACCAGUUUGCGUAGCCAUCAUCAUUUAUGUUGUUGUCCGUAAACAGUCUUGUGACAGUUCUAGUGAUUGCAUGGCGAAAAAAGCUGUAUGUAUGAUCAAACACAAGUGACGAACU